GGCCCUUAAUCAAAGCUAACCUCACGUGAAAGAUGGCGGACGAUGAUGUGAAUGGGGAUUCGGACGAAGUUCAGCAGGAGAAAUCGCAGAAGAAGGCGGCUAAAUAUGACAGUGGCGCAGCGGACCUGGAGAAGGUGACUGAUUACGCCGAGGAGAAAGAGAUCUCGUCAUCCGACGGAUUUUCCUGCGCCCUCAGUAUAAUCGGUGACCGGCGCGACAAAGAAGCCGCGGAAAAAAAGGCGAAGGAGAAGGAGCUGCUCAAGGUGUCUAUUAAGAAAGAGGAUGUCGAUUUAAUUAUGAGAGAGAUGGAGAUCAGCCGAAUUUUGGCCGAGCAGACUCUCAGGGAACAUAGAGGCGACAUUGUAGAGGCGCUAAUCACGCUAACCAAUUGAAUUUGUACAGAAGAAAUUGAACAUUUUGUUCGUGGGAUCGUGUCUCUGAAUUCUACUGUAAAAUACUUGCUGAAUUCACGAAAGUCUGAAGUGAAACAGAGAGAAAGAGACUUUCGCUUAUUAAUAAUUACUGACAUAUGUUGCAGUAUCUAAAUAAUAUCUAUAUUUUCAUCGUUUCCUCUUUGCCUACUUGUUAAAUGCACAAGUAGCGCUACAAAGUGAAUGAUAACAAUGUGGUAACUUAUUUGUAAUAAGUAUAUUAAAUAUGCCAUAAAAAUAUACCUGUAUUUAUAUG